CAAGAAAAUUAUGUGUUUUUUAAAUAUUAUAUUAAUCACUCGUCGUUCAUAUUCAAGUUUUAAAUGAGAAAUGUCAGAUUUUCUUUAAAAAUUACACAAUUUUAAUUUACAACACAGUCACGAUUAUUACAUUAGAUUGACUAAAUUUUUCUUAGUAGAAGGAUCAUCAAGUUGAAAAAUAAUUUGAAUUGUUGUAAAUCCAAUUGGUUAACAUGGGUGAACGUAAAGGAACAAACAAAUACUAUCCUCCAGACUAUAAUCCUGCAGUUGGUGGAUUGAAUAAAUUUAGAGGAACUCAUGCUUUAAGAGAACGAGCUCGAAAACUCCAUAUGGGCAUUUUGAUAAUACGUUUUGAGAUGCCAUACAAUAUUUGGUGUGAGGGAUGUAAUAAUCAUAUCGGAAUGGGAGUGAGAUAUAAUGCAGAAAAAAAAAAAAUUGGAAUGUAUUACUCAACACCUGUAUAUCAAUUUAGAAUGAAGUGUCAUCUUUGUGAUAAUCACUUUGAAAUAAAAACUGAUCCUGGAAAUUUAGACUAUGUUAUAGUUAGUGGAGCACGUCGUCAAGAAAAUCGAUGGGAUCCUACUGAAAAUGAACAAAUUGUUCCAGAAGAUAAGGAUACUAGUAAACGUUUGUUUGAUGAUGCUAUGUUUAAAUUAGAACACGGAACUGAAGAUUUAGAUAAAGCAAAGAAGGCGGCACCAGUUCUUGUAAAACUUCAUGACAAACAAGAUUCUAAAUGGAAUGAUGACUUUGCUGCUAAUUCUUUGCUUCGCCAACAAUUUAGAACAAAGAAGCAAAAGAUUGCAGCUAAAGAAAAACUUGAUAAUAAUCUAAAAGAAAGAUUAUCCCUAAGUAUUCCAUUGGUAGAUGAAAGUGAUGAAGAUGCAAAGAUUGCUAAAUUAUUAAGUUUUCAAACAUCUGAAAGUACUGCAUCAAAGCAAAAACAAUUUAUUAAAGGACUCCGAAAAUCAUCUAAAGUAACUCCAAAAAAAUCAAAUAAAAAUUUAAACUUAAGAAUUAUUCAAUCAACUACAAAAGUUCAAAAAGAGAAUUCAUCAUCAUCCACAUCAAGCACCGUUACUAAGAGUAUUUUAGCUCCAUCUCUUGUAUCUGUUGAUUAUGAAUCAUUAUCUGAAUAGUUUUUAUGUUAAAACAAUAAAUAACGUUAUUAAUA